AUGCUACCUCCCGUCGUUCCAAGCUCCGUCAGCUCGACCAGCUGUAACGCAGUCAGUCUUACUGCCCGUCGUCCCCAAGCUCCUUCAGCUCGACCAGCUGUGACGCCGUCAGUCUUACUGCCCGUCGUCCCCAAGCUCCUUCAGCUCGACCACAGCUGUGACGCCGUCCGACCUACUGCCCUUCGUCGUCCCCCAGCUCCGUCAGCUCUACCAGCUUGUGACGCCGUCAGACCUACUGCCCGUCGUUCCCCAGCUCAACCAGCUGUGACGCCGUCAGUCUUACUGCCUGUCGUCCCCCAGCUCUGUCAGCUCUACCAGCUUGUGACGCCGUCAGAUCGACCUACUGCCUGUCGUCCCCCAGCUUCGUCAGCUCUACCAGCUUGUAACGUCGUCAGACUUACUGCCUGUCGUCCCCCAGCUCCGUCAGUGCUACUGUCGUCGUCCCCCAGCUCCGUCAGCUCGACCACUCCACGCCAUCAGCAAUCCCACUUCUGA